CCCUCAUGGUGCAAAAGAAAAGACAAUCAAAACGGCGAACUUUUAACAGGCGCAAGCGAAAAACGUUCAAAUCGACACUCAAGAAGGACAAGAAAAUACCACCAAGCAUUUUGCGCACUGAUGACUGCUUGGAAACGCUCUCAAAAAUAAGAAGGCUUGAAAAACAGCGCAAUGCCAACCAUGACGCCCAGAACAUCAGCAGACCGGUCCUGAUCAAUUCACGCGACCCGGUUUAUGUUGAAGGCGAUGUUUAUAUGGACAAUGACUCGCCGGUGUCCGUCCACUGGAAGAGUAAAAUGAAUGCAAAAGAUUUUGAUCCAACCAAAAAGUAUAGCGUGCCGAAUACACCGUACACUCUGAUUCUUGGUGGGAAAAUGCCCAACAAAGAGAAAGCAUUCCGUGUGUUGGAGGAUAUGAUUACGUUUUUGUCACCGAAGGAGGUGUGUCUGCAUUUUUGUAUACCGAUGUUUGGGAGCACAGAUGAGUUUGUGGAGGUUUUUGGCGAGGAAUACGGCCUAAAGGGAUGGAGAGAGGUGGCAGCAAAGGUGUUUGAAGAGAUAAAGAAAGAGAAAAUUUACUUUCAUAGAGAAAUCAACGGGGUUAUGAAUUUUGAGUUGCGGGCUUAGGAUAAAGCUGUUUACGACCGCUGUAUCGAUGCCUUCUGUUUGUCUAUCGUACGCGCGAUAUAACUUGUACCCGGCAUACUAUCAUGCACGACACACGGACGCCCUUAGGAUUCGGUCCAACAGCAUCUCCUGCACCGGAGAUUAUCGGUGCAGCAAUGGCAUUUUCAUGAACAUUAAAUUGCUUUCUUCUACAGUAGCGAUCUGAACAUUUUAUGAACGGUUUUCCACGACUGGUGAUGUAUUAGGAUCAUGCUAAGAUAAAGCAAGCACUAUUGUUACAUUUAAUCGUUA